AUGACCUCAAUCGCUACUUCCAUCGCGAAUAGACCCCUAACUUUGGCAGGUAAGGCAGUGGAGAAAUCAAAUCCUCAGGUUCCAUGUUUAUCGUGGAAUGAUAUUAGCAUUGUCGCAUCGCAUCGCAUCGUAUCGCAUCUCAGUGACUCCGUAACAAACGUCGACCUCAACGCUUCUUUCUCAUCUACCGAACUCAGGUGCCAAGACCAGGUUUAUCUUUGCCUGUCGCCGGUGGCAGACCCGUUCGAGCCUAGAAAUGCUACGAUGCCUACUGGAGUACCUGCUGUUUCAGUACACCUUGGCCGAGCACCACUUGUACCAUGUCGCAAUCCCAUUCAAAACGUCUUUUUUUGGGGCCUGCGAGAGCGACUUAGCGACUAUCCCAGCUCCGGAGGUGGUCCCAAUACGUCCCGGCCCCGUGCGAUCUUCACGACGAUCGUGCAACUUUGA